UAACAUCAUAAAUUCAUAAUUGUUAUUAUAAUAUUAUUACUGCCAUGAGAUGGAACAUAAUAUUAUUAAUUUAUACGUUGUGGUUUAGAACGUAGGUACCAAAAGUUUAGAGUAAUCGACACUGUUAUUAUCAUUUUCAAUAAUCAUCGUCGUGACAUCGUUUUACACUUAAUGCGACCGUCUGUUUGCGUACAAUAAUAGUAUACGCGCCUUCGUAAUUAAUCGAACCGCCGCCAUCACCGCCUCCGUCGUCGUCAUUUCGGCGCAGUAAUUUGUCGUGUUUGUUUUAAUUGAUUUCCGUCUUGAUAUGUUGCGGACGAACAACGGAUAUUAGAGCGACACCACGAAAAUCGUUUUUUAACAGAAAAUCAUGAAUUGCUAGAUGCUAACUGACAAAAUAUAAAAAAUUCUAAAUAUUUCACUGAGACUAACAGUACAAGUGAAAUCAUCCCAGAAAUCAUCCCAGAAAUCAUAUACCAAUUACCAAUAUACUAAUAAUAUGCACAUAUUUUACUGUGUGUCUUAUUAUCCUAUUAUGUCUUAUUAUUGGUCAUUCACGACGUCUUGAUUGUCAUUGCCUCUACGCAGGAUGUGGUCCAUUAUGAAGAAGGCAAAAAUAACUUUACAUUCAAAUAGAUAGAUAUCUAAUGCAAUAAGGAAACAUUUACUAAACAUGGCCGGAGGAACUAGCUUAGUUGUUCCAAUUGUUUUAUGGGGUAAAACACCUUUAACACAUUGUGUUUCGUGUGUUUAUUUAUCCCCGGAUCAGAGAACACUAGUAACUGGAUGUUAUGAUGGGCAGAUAUGUCUUUGGGCAGUAUCUCCUGAAACUUUAAAGAUGACUCCAAGAUGCUUAUUAGUUGGUCAUACUGCUCCAGUUCUUUGCCUAGCACAUGCCAGUAUUAUCCCUGAUAAUGCAUUCUUUGUUAGUUCAUCCGAAAAUGGUGAAAUGAGUACUUGGGAUAUAGUUGAUGGAAAAUGUAGAGAAGUUACAAAAUCAAUUUAUAUUCAUACAAAUAUUCAGGCAUACCGUAUGGUUGGGACAGAAGAUGUACGUUUAUUCUGCAAUGGAUAUUAUGCUGAGGUCAUCAUAAUGAAUCCAUUCACAUUAGAAAUUAUUUUCUCUUUAUCAUCACGUGUCAAUCCUGACUGGAUAAGUGCUCUAUAUGUAUUGAAGCCUCAUACGUGUAAAGAUGAUGUUGUUUUGGGAUUAACUACAACUGGAACAGUAAAAGUGUGGACCUUAGAGCCAAGAGAUUAUGGACCUACUGAUGUUUCAGUAUUUGAAAAUGAAAGCAAACAAAUCAGAUGCCUUAAUGCUUUGACUAUGGCUUGCUGUUCUCAACACCAAAGAACUGUGUUAAUUGUCUGUUCUAAGUGUUGGCAGAUAUAUGAUGCUGGUGAUUUCUCAGCUUUAUGUACAGUCUAUGCACCUCGAGGAGUACGUUGGUUGGGUGGAGAAUUUUUAGCACCUGAUCGCGUUCUUAUUUGGACAGAUGAUGGAAAAGGUUAUCUAUACAAACUACCAGCAAAUAGUAUCGUUGAAAAUAAAAACUUCCAUAAGCAAGCCGAGGAUGGUGAUAUUCCCUAUUUGUACAGUUUAUUAUCUGUAACUUCAAACACGCACUUAUACUGUUCUCCAGCUAUUCGGUUUUAUGAAUCUUUUCAACAUGGAAAAAUAUUAAUAAGAGGCGAUUCAGAAGGAGCUGUUAAUAUUUGGAAAAUUCCUGAACUUUCUCCAGCUCAAUUAUCAAUUAUAAAAGAAAAUGACCCUCAAAAAAAAUUAAUUGGCCUUUCUCCAUUUGUAAGUACAAGCUUAUCUAAGGCAUGGGAAUCUAUGACACCCAAUCCUGUUGGAAUUCUCAACCAAUUGGACUGUGAAAAUGCACCAAAUAUCAAGUUGACUGCUAGUAUAUAUUUGGCUGGUCAAAGUCGUCUAGUCAUUGGUCGUCAAGAUGGUUCUAUAAUUAUCAUUCCAGCUACUCAAACAGUAAUGUUGCAAUUACUACAUGGAAAUCAUCAACAUUACAAAGAUUGGCCUCCACAUCAGAUCUUACUGGGCCAUAAUGGUCGAGUCAAUUGUUUGCUCUAUCCGCAUCAUAUGCAUCCAAGAUACGACAAAUCCCAUUUAUUAUCUGGUGGAGUAGACUUUGCUAUAUGUUUAUGGGACUUAUAUGCUGGAACAUUACUGCACAGAUUUUGUGUUCAUGCUGGGGAAAUAACACAACUUCUAGUCCCACCCAAUACAUGUGCUAAUCCUAGAAUAUUGAAAUGCAUUUGUUCAGUUGCUAGCGAUCAUUCUGUUACUUUGUUAAGUUUGUCUGAACGCAAAUGUGUGGUGUUAGCAUCCAGACACUUGUUUCCUGUUGUUACAAUUAAAUGGCGUCCAUUAGAUGAUUUUAUGAUUGUUGGUUGUUCUGAUGCCACUGUUUAUGUUUGGCAAAUGGAAACUGGUCACUUGGAUAGAGUGUUGCAUGGAAUUAGCGGUGAACAAGUUCUGUAUGCAUGUGACGAAAAUACAACCAUAUCUAGUUCAGUUGAUUCAGGUUUGGCUAAUCCUGCAGUGCAUUUCUUCAGAGGAUUACGUCAUCGUAAUAUCAGUGCUAUCAAACAUGCGACACAGAGAGGAAUCCAUCAAUUGCAACAAAUGCAUCAUUCAGCUCAUUCUGAUGGCACUGAUCAUAGUAAAACAAGAGCUUAUCCAUUAAUGGUACAAGGUCUUCGAACUAACCCUAACGAUCCAGAAUGUCAUAUAUUAUGUUUUGAUAUUGAGGCUCUUGUUGUGCAACUGUUGAGUGAAGAAUAUGGAUUGAUGUCUCCAAAAACCAUGGAAGCACAAGGUCUGUUAAAUGCAACAGAAUUUCAAAAAAUAACUGCUCUAACUCAGUCUGUAUCUUCUGAUGCUCAUAAAAAAAUUGCAGACUUUUUUGGAAAAGUUAAGGACAAAGCUGACAAUAUGGAACGUAUUUUGAAAGAAAAAGAUAAACAUGGAAUUUUACCUAAAAGAAAGGAUGGUUCAGAAACUAUACUAACAAAACUACAGUCUGUAAUUGAAGGUUUUGAUAGCAAAUCUAAUGAUAAAGGUUUGAAUCUUAGUGGAGUAGUAUGUCGUAAGGUAUGUGGUGCAAAUUUGACAAUGGAAAUUGCCCAAUUGUUGAUGUCAUUACUUUAUGCAUGGGGGUUAGAUUUCGAAGUAGAUAAAAUUUGUGAAACUAAACUUGGAUUAUUACGCCCGAUGAUACCUGUAUCGUUUGGAGUUAUUUCAAAAGGAGGUUUUAUGAGCUUACUAUUGCCUACAUGGCAAAGUAGUAUUGAUCUUGAAGAUAAUUAUGUUAAUUCCAGUAAUGGUCCACUGAUGGAUUUACCUCCAGAGAUGGUUCGACUUGAAUUAUUAACUAGGCUUUUCACUGCGAGAACUCACUGGGAAGUAAGCACUACAGUAACUAGUCAGCAUUUACUUGCUAUAGUGGCUAUAGCUAAUACACUAAUAUCAAUAAAUGCUCCAUGUUUCCUUGAAAACACAUUCUCAAGACAACAAUCUGUGAAAAGUCGUUCAGAGGAAGGAAACGGUGAACAGAGUACUUCACAGGUUGCUUUUGUCAAACAAGGAUGGAUACAACUAAAGACGUUACAUUGUAAAUCAUUGCCUGAAAAAAUUGUCAAUCACGGUUCAAAGAGUUACAAACGAAUACAAAUUGAAAUGCUAGCACACCGUUGGCAACACCAUUGUUUAGAGGUGCGAACAGCAGCUCAAGAAUUGUUAUUAGCAGAAUUGGAACGUAUUGGACCUAAAGGUCGAAAAACAUUAGUAGAAUUCUGGGUUCAAUAUUUACCAGUAAGCAACUCUAAUGGUAGCAUGAAACCUACUGCAGUUAGCUCUAACAAUUUAACCAAUCUAAACAUUAAUGAAAAUGUUGAAUCGUCGGCAAACAUUCAAGAUGAUGAUGACGACGAUGAAGAAGAAGAUCUAUGCUUAAGAAAACCAUCAUCUUUAAGUGAAUUGCGUCGUAAACAGUCUACAGCUGUAAUCUUGAUGGGUGUGAUAGGAGCUGAGUUUGGCCAGGAAGUUAAUGCAUCAGAUAAUGUUAGCACAUCAAGCCGGUCACAGCCUGGAUCAUCUAUUAGAAGAAAAAGUUCAAUUGUGGAAGGUUUUGGUAUAGGAAACAAUAAUUUAUCAAGACUAACAAGUUUGGCAUUAACUCAAUUGCUUUUAACACCAUCUUCUACCAAAUUGCCUACUCACAUGGCGCUACGAAGAGCAGCAGUAGAUUUGAUUGGACGUGGUUUUGCUGUAUGGGAACCUUAUUUUGAUGUCAGCAAAGUGUUAUUAGGGAUAUUGGAAUUGUGUUGUGACAAUGACAAACUGGUUCCUAGCAUGUCUUAUGGGUUACCUUUGACACCUUCUGCUGAUUCAUACCGAACUGCUCGUCAUGCACUCAUAUCAAUAGCAAAUGUUCGCCCUGCUGUGUUCAUAACAACUAUUGCAAGAGAGGUGGCUCGUUACAACAGUAUGCAACAAAAUACUCAGGCUAUGAAUAUAGCUAUAAGUAAUUCCGUUUUACACAGAGCAAAACCAGAAAUUUUAUCUAUUGUGGAACAUUUGAUCGAGAAAAUGCAUGUUGAAAUGACAGAUUUAUUAGUGGAGGUAAUGGAUAUCAUACUGCAUUGUGUAGAUCCAACACAACUGAAAACUCGUCCUUUAUCUGAGAUUUCUCCAGCUAUAAGCAGAUAUGGCCAGGUGACCCAUUGUUCAACAUCUAGACGUAUAGCUGUGGGUACCAAAAAUGGCACAAUUGCUUUAUAUGAAUUGAGAUCGUCAAAAUGCCAGACCAUUAAUGCACACACUGCAGCUAUUUGUGCAUGUGCAUUUUCACCAGAUGGCAAAUUCCUUGCAUCAUAUAGUGCAGCAGAAAACAAAUUAUCAUUCUGGCAAACAUCUACUGGUAUGUUUGGUUUAGGAAACAGUCAAACUAAGUGCACUAAAUCAUAUAGCACUCAGAAGAAAGAUUCGAUACGUGCCAAUCAACUACGGCAAAUCAAGUUACACUGGGCAAGUAACCGCAGUGUCCGAUUUUUUUCAGAUGGGUUAGAAACAACAUUUGUUAUUUAAAUUGUAAAUUCAAUUUAAAUGCAAAUAAAGAAAAAUGUAUUGUUGUGUUGAUAAUAAAAUUUUUAUUAGAUUGAAAAGUUUUUGGUAACAAUAAAUUUCUCAUGGUUUUAUUAUUUAGGCAUAAUAACGUAAUAAUAAUUUA